UGAAAAUAUUUUUUUCUCCUUUUUCAGCAAAAAAAAAUCAUAAAAUGUCAACUACAUUCAGUAUUAAAAAACAAAAAAAACCUAUUUUUUUUGUCCCUAUGUUGAUCUCUAGUAGUAACACGGAACAGAACACACACUAAUAUGUGGGAAAUCCCAUUUCUCAGAAAAUCCCCUCUGCUAUGACAUUGUAUUUGUAACAAUCGAGAACUCGAUAUGGCAUUUUCUUAGCUACCGGAAAGAUGGCGUGUGUAUAGAUGGCAAUAUCACUUUCAAAUAUAGCCAGAAUUUGCAGAAAUUUGGUCAGUUCACCCAUCUAAACAUUUUAUUAUAUUGUGUCUGAAUAUAAGCGCAAAAAUCAGCAGUCUUUUAUUAUUAGUUUGGCAGGACGCCUCACGCUAUCGAGAACUGGUUACACCAGGAUACAUGAUGUUCUCUAGAGUGGCGGGAGUAACAAUAAACGUCGGACCAAGAUGGCAGAUGCUAAAGGCUACAAGUAGCAUGAAAAUGUGUUGUGUUUCAUGUCAAUUUAAGUGGUGCUCCUAAAAUUUUCAGGAAGAAAUGUAUUAUAUAUUAAUUAGCAGAAACAAUUGAAGCUGGGACAUUUAAAUUACUGUUGAUUCCUCAUUUCUGGAUGGAUUUUGAAAAUUCAAAAAGUAUUUUAAUCAGUCAACUUCCCUCUAUCACUGCAUUAAAAUAUUUAACUUUCUAUGACUGAAAUUUUGGUGUGGUAUAGCUACUUCAGUAGAGAUUUCAAGUAUCUGUACUUGAGUGUUUUUCUGGCGAGCCUUUUUCCGGGUAAGGUAUCCGUGUCCUUGUUUUUAUUCUUCCUCAUGAGGGUCUUCUGAAUAGCUCUUUGUCUGGUCCCUCACCUAGAACCAGUUUCCCUUGGGAGCCCCUACUAGGGGCUAUUGUCUCUAACAACAGAAGAGAGAGCUGAGCCAAAAGGCAAAGCUAUCAAUUGACCAGUCAGUCUACAUUCCUACUCUCACUGAUGGUCAUGAGCUCUGGAUAAUGACCGAAAGAAGAAGAUUGUGGAUCCAAGCAGCAGAAAUGAGCUUCUUCUGCGGUAUGUCUGGGCUCAGCCUUAGAGAUUGGGCAAGGAGUCCGAACAUUCAGGAGGGGCUCAAAGUACAGCUGCUUCUCCUUCACAUGGAAAGGAGCCAGCUGAGGUGGUUUGGGCAUCUGUCUAGGAUGCCUCCUGGGUGCCUCCCAGCGGAGGUAUUUCAGACAUGUCCAACUGGGAGGAGACCCCAGAGCACACCCAGGACAUGCUGGAGGGAUGAUAUUUCUCAGCUGUCCUGGGAACACCUUAGUAUCUCCCUUGGAGGAAGUGACUGGGGAGAGUGAGGUUUGGGUGUCAGUCCUGAGACUGCUGUCUCUGUGACCCUGCGGUAGAAGGUGGGUGGAUGGAUGGACGGACGGACAUGCCUUUUUACUUUUACUCCCUACAUUUUAACACAACUAUGUGUAGUUUCUAUUCUUUCCAUUUUCAAAUCAGGCUGGUAACUUCAGUUUUAAUGCCUUGAUGGGAAUUAUCAAUUCUUUUUAUUUUGCAUCAUUGUGCACCUUCUCAACACGAAGGCCAAUCCCAACCUCAGUGGAUGGGAAAAUCACAUGCAGAAAAGACGAUCCCUUUGUGGAUCCAUCUGUACCCAUCAUACAUGACACUUGUAACAAGACAAAAACAAGAAGACAGACAAGAGAAGGAGACUCGACCAUAGACAGAAGGCGUCAUAUAUUCUCUAAUUCGGUUUAAAUAACAUCAGUUAAUUCAGUUAGUUUUGAACAGAAAAAGACAGUUGACACUUGAGUCCAUUCCAGGGCCUGUACUUUUUCAUUUUUACUUGACUUUUGGGCAGUGGUGGCUCAACAGUUAAGGCUCUGGGUUGCUGAUCGGGAGGUCAUGAGUUCAAGCCUCAGCACAGGCAAGUUGCCACUGUUAGACCUCUGAGUAAGACUCUUAAACCCUCUUGGCUCCAGGAGCACUGUGUCAUCUACAGGGGCGCCGCUAGAAAUCUUGGGCCCUAUGAAAGAUUACAAUUUAGGGCCCCCCCGUAAAAUUUUCAAGAGCAAGCAACUGAAUUUGAAGUCUGUUUUUGGCUGGCACUUCUACUUUACUAUCCACGCGAUCAGCUGCCGAGCAAGUUUAGGUGAUACAAUUAUUUGGUAUAUGAACAUUUUAAAUGCAGAACUGUCAGAAUUAGACUGAAUAGACUGUUGCCGGUUUAACAGCAUCAAUUCUUGCACUCCAGCGAGUGUCAGACAAGCUGUAGAGAGAGCAGCCGGUAGUUUCUUUGUAUAUGGCCCAUCGUUCUGGACUGGCACUUACAAAUUUGUAAAGACAAUUGAUGAAGCCAAAAAAAGCUGACACUUCCUCACUUGAUCCUGCAGCGUGUACCCCAGCGAGAUUUAACACAUGAACAUUUUGAUUGAAUGAACGCCAUACUAAGUUACCUAAGAAUAGUUGCUCAUAAAAAAAGAAAUGUCUUUUCAGUUUAAUGUAAGUCUUAAUAGCCUAAUGCUGCUUACUGUAGCCUAGCAAUUAAAAUAGUUUUUAACCCUAAACUCUUUAUUCAUGGAUUGUAUUGCUCACCUCCUUCUCCUAGGAUUUGGGUUGAGAGCUAGGGUCCUAUUCCUGAGGCUGAAUCUGUGGAUGUUGAGGGCACCUCAUUAGUUUUGAAACCAGUUAUUAGCCCCAGUAUCAUGUAGGCGAGCCUAAUAUUUUAACUCAUGUAUUAGCCCAGUAGGCUAGUUUACUGCACAAGUUUAGCUAGUUCUGCACAGAACUUCUACAUUACAUUCAUCUGCUCUUCCAUGGCAAUAAACAUGAAGUAUUUAAAUAAAAUGACACUGCACUGCUUAUUGAAAAGUGUUGUCUUGAUAUUCCAACUCGGUUAAAAUGAAAUCUGCUAGCCUAUCAUUAGCUAGCAUGCUGUAAUGGCGUCGAAUGUCAGUGAAUAAUAGACGAGCUUUCUCUAGGAAAAACUGAGUCACCAAUUGUCGACUAGUGUUGCCACCUGUCCCGGUUUUUCCUGAUUGUCCCGGAUUUUCAUGGUCUGUCCCGGAAAAUAAAAAUCCGGGACACUGAAUGUCCCGGUUUUUUGUACAUAAUGGGCAAAAUGUGUAUUUCAACUUGCGAGCCAGCUGAGAACCAGUUUGCUUUUCCGAGCUAGCCAUGCUAAGCGGAGCCACGUCAUUACGUCGCUGAAUACGUCAUUACGUCGCUGUAUACGUCACUUACGUCGCUGUAUACGUCGGUUACGGCGCUACGUUUGGCGCGAAUAUCAAAGCAAAAACACUGAAGAAGCAGCAGCAACAACAAUAAUGAUGAUGGCUGACUUCGCGUUUGUACAGCUGCUGCUUCUCGUCGCUUAAAAAUGGCGAUCUUUCGCGGCCUUGUUAUUGUUGUUGGUCUUAACAACUCCCCCCCGCUGACGCAAGUGGUUCUUUCCUCUAGCCCAGCAGAGAGUUGGUGCUAGCCUGGAACCAGUUUUUCUGGCCCCAGAGCCAGUUCUUUGUCAGUGGAAACAGAAAACCCUGUUCCAAACUAAGCACUGGCCCCGAACCAGCCCUGGAACUGCUUUGGUGGAAAAGGGGCAAUGGAGGAUGCUUGGACUGAUAAAAGAAACAGACUCUCUGUUGCAAUGGUGAAGGCUGAGCUUCAAGUCAGGCUAAACUUUCAGUUGUCCUGUACGGAGUUCAAGACAUUCAUUGAAAAUCAGCCAGGACUCAUAGCAGCAGCAAAGAAAAACACCAAAUAUAAAUGGAAGAUUAGGUAAGGUUUUGGUGAAUUAAAUGAAAUCCAAAUAGUCUUAUCUGCCUACUCCUGUAUGUACUGUAUGUGCCCAGUUAUAUGUCCUCCUAUGUAUUUGUUUAGCCAAGAGCAGCAGAGGCACAGACAAGCACAAGCAAAGUACACACCACACUCUAAGCAAUCAGAUAUGGAGGAGCAGGCGCUGUGAAGAAUACAUGGAUGCCAAAAGAGAAAUGCAUGCGAAUUGGAUGAGGUAUGUGAAUUGUGCUCGUAAUGAUCAUGAACAGAAUCUCAUAGCAUUUCAGUAUCGAGGAGGAAUUCUGUACCGUUGCUGUCGGCCCAUUAACCCAGGACAGGAGCUCUUGCUGUGGUAUGAAGAGGAGUAUGCCAGAGAACUCAGUCCUGCGUUUGACUACCUCUGGAACAAAAAGUGCUCCACGAAUGAAGGAAACAACGCUCUGCUGCAAGUCUUUUCCUGUUCCACAUGUCCUCUUUCCUAUGCAUCUCAAAUUUACCUAGACAAACACAUCCAGAGAUGCCACUACGAAGAAAAUGUGAGACUGUGGGAAUCAGGAGAGAUUAAAUAUGAGCUUCAGAUCCCCUCCAAAGGCUCCAGUAGUCAGCCAACAUCAUCUGAUCCUCUCAGUUCUGACACUUCUCACAAUGAUGAACAGAAGGAAAUUCACCACUGCUCAGACUGUGGAAAGAGUUUUGUUUAUCAGGAUGCACUCAGAACACAUCAGUGCAAUCACACAGGAGAAAAACCACAUCACUGUUCUCAGUGUGGAAAGAGUUUUACACGACAGAGUGCUCUCCAGCGACACCAGCGCAUUCACACAGGAGAGAAGCCGUAUCACUGCAUACAGUGUGGAAAGAAUUUUAAUCGACACAGUCAUCUCCAAGUCCACCAGCGCAUUCACACAGGAGAGAAGCCACAUCACUGCUCACAGUGUGGAAAGAGGUUUACUCGACAGAGUGCUCUCCAACAACACCAGCGCCUUCACACAGGAGAGAAGCCGUAUCACUGCAUACAGUGUGGAAAAAGGUUUACUCGACAGAGUGCUCUCCAGCAACACCAGCGCAUUCACACAGGGGAGAAGCCGUAUCACUGCUUACAGUGUGGAAAGAGUUUUAAUCGAUACAGUCAUCUCCAAAUACACCAGCGCGUUCACACAGGAGAGAAGCCGUACCACUGCUCACAGUGUGAGAGGAAUUUUACUCGGCAGAAUGCUCUCCAAGUCCACCAGCGCAUUCACACAGGAGAGAAGCCACAUCACUGCACACAGUGUGGAAAGAGGUUUACUCGACAGAGUGCGCUCCAAAAACACCAGCGAAUUCACACAGGAGAGAAGCCGUAUCACUGCUCACUGUGUGGAAAGAGUUUUACUCAACAGUGUGUUCUCCAGCGACACCAGCGCAUUCACACAGGAGAGAAACCGUAUCACUGCUCACUGUGUGGAAAAAGUUUUAAUCGACAGUGUGUUCUCCAGCAACACCAGCGCAUUCACACAGGAGAGAAGCCGUAUCACUGCUCACAGUGUGGAAAGAGCUUUACUCAACAGAGUACUCUCCAAACGCACCAGCGCAAUCACACAGGAGAGAAGCCAUAUCACUGCAUACAGUGUGGAAAGACAUUUACUUAUUCAGUUACAUUUAAGACUCACAAGUGCACAAACUCAGACAUUGCAUGAUUUCAAAUUUAAUGGUUAUGACAGUUUUAUCUGAAAAUGAUCUGCAUUUUGAACUGUAUUUUUCAUUUUAUUUAUCUUGAUUUUAUGUGCAAGGCAAAAAAUAUGCAAUCCGAUAGUUGCAUUCAAAAUAAGAGUAUUUGUUUUCUUUUGACCUUAAGUUAUGACAAUUAUCACCACACAAGUUGUACAUACAGUCAAACCUCGGGUCACAAACGUCCCUGUUCAUGAACAAAUCGGGCUACGAGCACCAUUUCCGAACAAAUUUUGCUUCGAUUCUCGAACGAUGCUUCGAUGCACGAAUGCACAAACUGGCAGGCUUCCGCACCACAUGAGGCACGCGGCAGCAUCAGUUGUACUCAAGGUGGCGCGCUGUGAACAUUGUUCAUCAUUGCGUUGUGUUGAUACGAUUUCUUUUUUGCUUUUUGCAUUAAAUUAACCCUCAUUAUGGCUCCCAAGAAAGUGAAAAGUGUUAGUGAUAGUGCUGUUAAGAAGCCGAAACGUAUUACUGUUGAAACGAAGAAGGAAAUAAUAGUUAAACAUGAACAUGGUGUUCGUGUUUCUGAUCUCACCAAGCAACUAUCAACCACAAAGGUAAAGUGUACUGUGCAAUUAUGUUUUAUUUUAGUAUUACUGUAUUUUUCUAUAAUUAAGGUUAUCUUUAAUUCCUUUCUGUAUUUCUUCCACACAUAAACCCAUAAAAAGUUACAAAAAAAUGUUUCUGGGGCCGGUGAACGAGUUAAUUGGAUUUACAUUAAUUUCAAUGGGAAAAAUUAAAUCGGUUCGCGAACGGAGUCAAAGAACGAAUUAAGUUCGUAACCCGAGAUACCACUGUAAUAGUGUUGUUAAUCAGCGUAGUAUUGCAGCAUUAGACUAAAACGGAGCCAUUGAGAUCAUGAAAUUUUAACUGUAAAUAGAGUAGAAACAGUACCAACAUUUCAGUUCAUCAAAAAUAUUUUUGUCUAUGGUUUUCUUUGUCUACCCAUGUGCCAACUGUGAGUCUCAGAUAUUGGUAGAAAGGCUUUUUGAGUUUGUUGAUGCAUGCUACAGGUCAUCUGAAUAAAAGUUCAUUAUAAUAA